AUGUCGCCUUCCAUUGUAAAGGCCAUUGAGACGGUGAAUCGUUACAUCGCCGGACAACAAGGGGAGGUAAGUGCCCCUCGGGAUAGUAAUACAUCUUUGCAUCCACCGCUCAGUGAGGGGUACCAAGACCCACAACGACGAAUACUUCCCGCCUUUCGGGAAACGUGGAGGGGUGGGCCGAAUGUCAUUGCACCAGAUCACGGCUCGUGCUUUGUCUCCGUGGAUUGUCUCUGGCACGACCGAAACCGUAUUUCAGAGGAGGUGAAGGAGGUCGUACAUCAAAAGGGCAACACGUGGGAUGAGGAAAAGUUAGCGUCUAUGUUUACAACCUGCGCUCGAUGCGCUGUGGAUGCCACGCCUGCCUUGGGCAUCAAUUGGCCGAGGGAGCGAGACCUUGAAGGUCUAAUAAAAGACUCCAUUCGGGACAAAGUGAAACUAGGCCGCAGUUGCAGGAUGCAUCAUAUUCAUGGAGCCUUAGGUCUACAAGAGAGCCCAUAUGGCCAUGCUGGUGAAGUUUACGUUGACGCCCAGCAGCGAUUAUCGCUUGCCCGCUCGCGCACUAUAUGCCCCUUAAAAAGACAGGUGCAGCACACGAAAGACAGUCUCUUUGGAAGCAUCGCGUUGCGCCAGUCUGUGCGUGUGCGCUGCAAGGGCGGGGUUCAGCCGGAUGAUCAUUUAUUUGCUACUAUGUACGUUGAAGACGCUCAUGUAAAGUAG